CUUGUGAAAACAAUUGACUUCGAACAGUAGCUUAUCAGAAGACCUAGGCUGCUACUCUGUUCUAUGAUGGGCAAUGCAUACCCUUGUCAACCUGGUCACCCCUGCUGAGUAAAACCAGUGAAUCGAACUUAGCGCCAAUUGCUUUUCUCUCCCGUCAUCAAUUGGACCGAUAACUCAUCACUUUCACCUGCAUAUCCACCCUGUGAAACAGCGCAGUGCGCUCUGCACCUUUCUGGGGCACCUUAACAUGAGCCUGUAUUCUUAUCUAUCUGGGCUGCUGCACCCUUCUAUUGCUCAUCAGACAUAUUGAAAGCGAAUUGCCACGCCACACCAUCUCGUUGGCAGCGUACUCCAGCUUCCAUUCCGCGGCUGCCUUGUCAACCAUGCCUGUUUACAUGCUCUAUGGAUUUCGCUGGCCCCGAGCUGGCUUCACGGGUAUUCGCGUCUACGUUGUCCUGCACAAUCUCGAGGAAGCCACAGCCGAGUAUAUCCAGCAAUCCGCUACAACCGAACUUCUUCUUGAAUCGUUCCGGAAAACAGAGCCAAGCAUUGUCGAGCGUUUGCCGGAGAUGCGCUUCAUCGAGCAAUACGAUCCUGAGGACACGAGUGACGCGGCUGUCAGCAAGCCUUACGCCUACGUCGCCGCGAAAGUCAUCUCAGUCCCUGAAGCGGGAGUCCCUUGCUCCGAAACCAGUUGGACGCCUGAGGAUCUAUUCAGCAAGUCACCCUUGGAGCCCGCUGCCGAAGAAGCAAUAGCCGAGAUGCGCGACAAAUACGCCGCGGGCGAGAGGGUGGGUUGGUAUAUUGUCUACAACGGCGAUCCGGAGAGAUGGUUUCCUCCGUCGGAUGAUGAGGAUAGCAUGGACGAUGAAGAGGGGUCAUAUCCAGAUAGCGAAGAGCACGAUAGCGAGCAAACGCCACCAGCGACACCUUCGUCGGCGACGGUACGACUUCCUGAACGGUUAACAAGGUUCUUUGGCCGAAAGACAGCUUAACGAUUGUACGGGGGGUGGUGAUAAAUUUUUUCACGCUUGAUGAUCUGCUACAAGACUUGACUUCACUGCAAAGCUGGCUUCUGAAGUGUCUGGAAAUGUCGGUUCGGAUGGCUCACAUGUUUUGAUUUAGCGGGGUGAAUCUCUAUGUUCGUUCAACAUCAUUCAUUACAAGGCUGCAGUACCCUACAUGGUACCAUAGCCUCCUUUUUGCCAAGCGGCGUCAAAUGUCGCCUCGUCCACAGCAAACUGCUUGAUAUAAUCCUUCUCAAGAUCGUGUGCUCUCUUACCGAGCAGGACCAAGCUGUGAAGGGGUCGACCCAUGUCGGUUUCGGCCAGCUCCUUGAGAGUACCCGCAACCAACUUCUGGUCAGGAGCUCCCACGCGAGCGGCACCGACAGCCAAGCUGUCUGGGUUCCAGACUCCCUCCUGGCGCUCCUCCUCCGUCUCAAGCAUCUGACCGGCGCACUGCGCGACCGUCAUAAAAC